AUGGUUUCCAAUGGUGCAGGAGAGCAAGAUGACCCCAGUAAUAUGAGCGAAAGCAACCAGGAGCCGGCGCACACCGGGUGGAGCAGCAUGGCCAAUGGGGCCGCAGGGGCUCACACAGAAGAAAAUGGUAAUGGAGAAAAGCGACCGACCGAGGAAGAACCCACGUUCAACCAGGAAAUUCUUGUGUCUGAUGCAAUGGCCAAGAACUCCCGGCAGCUGCUUUACGCCCAUAUUUACAACUACUUGAUUCAACACAAAUACUACGAGACCUCAAGGAGGCUUUUGGAUGAAGCGGACGUUCCGCUCUCUAAAUCCUUUCCAGAGGAGCGCCAAAAAAGCGGAGAGCUCCUCCACGCCAAAAUGCUUAUGAACUCGCGAGACACAUUUUUAUGCGAGUGGUGGCAAUCGUUGUGGACUUUGCAUGAGUAUGUUGAGAGCCAGCCUGUGGAGAAAAUCUCGAGUAGCCGCCUGCUGCGUGAGCCCGUUACUCCAAUUUUGCCUCAGAGACCUCCUUCGGCCCAAGGCUUCGUUCCUGCGAAUUCGCCCUGGAUGCAGAACCAACAUUUCAUGCAAGGCGGAUUGGGAUACGGCCGGAUGACUUCCAAUCCUGGAAUGCCGACUAAUAUGGGCCCGCCCAGAGGCAACGACGUAAAAGCGGGCAAGGCAGGUGUUCCGCCCGCAUCGCCGCUGAGAAAAACCGCUGCUUCGUACCCACAAGCCCAAACGACGCCUGGAGUCUCACACACACCAACAGCUCUCUCAGGGUCUGGUGCCGGAGUACCGUCUCAAAUUGGUGUCGCAGCUAAUCAAAUGCCAGCUGCACAGUCGGCUCUCACAACACCUCUGUAUACCAAUCUUUCUUCUGCUGCGAGAAGUACUGCAUCAUCAACUACACCACAGCCUCAAGCACCUGCAAAAACAAUGAUGAAAACAUUUGCGAGGGAGUAUCAGCAAAUGGGCCCGUUACCGCAAGGUGUAGCAAACACCCCUGUUGCGCCCGAUAAUAUGAUGCUUUACAUGCAACAGCAACGCGAAAUGAUGACGCGAUACCAAGGAGAUGAUGAUAUGGAAAAGGCCGGUAUGAAUGGAGCGUGGAGCGCCAAUCAGCAGCGACUACAUGAGCAGUAUCAAAAGAAUAUGUAUAUGAUGCAGCAACAGCAACAGUCAAAGAGGGCGCAGCAGAGCAGGCCAUAUCCUCGGCAGCAGGAACUGAGCAAGCAAGCAAUGCUUGCCCAAAACGCACAAACCACUCAAUCGAGCCAGUCAGGUGCACAUCAGCUGCGCCAUGGGAUUCAGGAGCAUAAAUCUGAGCCUACCUCAAAUCAACAAGACUCAGCGAUACAUCAACAUGCUUCACCGCGUCAGCCGCCCGCAUCGGCUUACCCGACCGCUGGCGACAUGGUGUCAGAAUCAAGCGCUGGAGCCGUGCCAACAAUGGAUCAGCAAUACCUGAAUAUGAUGAUGAUGCAGUAUUCGCCUACAGGCUUGUCGCCUGGCUUAGCACAACCAGCUGUCAAUAUGAAUGAAACGUCAAAUACGGGUCAAAGCUCGGGGCCCACUGAUAAGUUCCGCGAUAAUCUAGCCUCUGAAUUUUUCCCAUUGCAGCCAUCCUCGUCGCAGCACGAUUAG